AAGGUUUCAUCCGGGAUGAUGUUGCAAAUCACUUCUGUACAUCAGUCAGAACACAAGUUCUACUGUGUUUUGCAUACUGUUUUAACGAGGAUUUGGAAAUGUUCUUUCAGCAUCCCAUUCCCGGACAGCUUGCCUACAGCCGAAGACCAGGCUGCUCCAGUGUACACAGUGGGUGGCAGCGAGUUGCUGCAGCUGUGUGUUCCACCAGGGCCCCUGGGCGUAGUGCCCUGCACCCGCGUGGCGUGGGACGUGGCCAGAAGGCAUCAGCACAUUGCUCUGGGCCUUGCUGACGGGCGAGUGGCCGUGUUCCGUGUGGUGCCUGCGGCACGGAGCAGGGAGGAGGAGGAGCCCCUGUGGGUGUGGCAGGCCCACCAGGGUGCCAUCAUGGGCCUGGGCUGGACACCCCAGGGCCAUGUCUGCACGGCAGCCAUUGACCAGGCAGCCAAGGUGUGGGACCUGCACAGGCCCGGCCUGGUGCCAGUGUCAGCCAUUGUGAGAGGCCCUGCCCGGCAGAUGGCCUUGUCCCCACACUGGAAUGGCCUCUUCGUGGUUGGGGAGGAGUCUGCUGUAUGUGGACCCGCGCAUUCUCUGUUCUUGGAGGGUGGCUACUACGGCUUCACACCCAAGACGCUGGUGUCCCACUAUGCCACUGUCUGGGGAGUGACUGUGUCCCCCUGGAGCAAUGUGGUGGCCUCAUGUGAUGCAUCAGGCAAGGUAGCGGCCAUCUUGCUGCCAUACAUGUCUUCAAACCAGGAUUUUGUCAAACAUCACCCCAAAGUGCGCUUGCCACUGUUCCGGGCCCAGUUGGUGCCACAGGUGGGAAACGAGAAGCACAGGGGCUGCCCUACCCAGCAUUGUGGCCAUGCACUGGCCCAACAGCAGUAUGGCAUCUCCUUUGAGGACGUACCCCUGGACCGAGAAAGCUCGUUUCUUCAGCAGGAGCGCGUGGAGAAGAAGGAUUCUUCCGGCCAGUACCAACUCAACUCCUUCACCACGGUGUGCUGGAGCCCCAACCGUAGCAGUGCCAACUGGCUGUUUUCAGCAGGGCAGGCGGGCGUGGCUCGACUCACAUGGCUUGGUCUCUAUGCUAAGCGCUUGAAGGAUGCCUCCUCGUGACGACGGUUUCUUCAAGAGCCUUCAUUGUGUAUGCAAUACAGUGCAAGAAAUGACUUCAGCAGAGCACCUCAUCAUAACCAAUUCCUUUAGCCAAACUCAAUGUAAAGUUCAGGAAAUUGUGCACAUCAAGCCAUGACUGUCUUCUUGAUAGGUGACUCAGAUGAGGAGUGUCUCGGAUAAAAUAAUCUCAACAGAUUAGUAGGCUGCACAUAUUUGCCGCAUACUGUAGGCAUGGGCUGUACACCUGUUUGUCAUUUCUUUCAUAUCGAGAACAAAGUUGCUUGGCCAUCUUGUAA